AUGAUCGCUCCAGGAAGGAAACCAAGAGCAGGCGUGAGACAGGGAGGAAGAACGCAAAAGGGACCGGCGGAGGGACAGAAGGGUGGAGCUGAUAAUCGCGAGGGUGGCAUUCAAAAUUCUAGAUUUGGACCGUUAAUGAUUCAGGAGGACGCCGGGGAGUAUGUAGAGGCAGAGGAGGUGAAUAUUGAAGCAGAAGCCGCGAACGGUGAGCAGCCAGUGAGAAAUACCAGCGAAUUGGAAAUGGAGGAUGGGGCAACCGCAGCGAACGGGGGGAGAGAAAGACGACCAAACGUCAUCGCAAACGAAAAACAAAUUCUCAACGAACCCAAUGGAAGGGAGGAGCCAAGGCAUCGAGAGGAGGAGAGGCCGGAGAAUAACCGUAGCGGAAGCCAAAGGAGAAGUAUGAGGCAGACGGAUGAGGGAUGCCAUGCACAGAAUGUGAGUGAACGUCCAGGACAGAGCAGGGCACAUAGGAAAGCAGCACAGGAGGAAGAACAUGUGGUAGUAAGAGGAUCAAAGGGGGGACUCAAUAUCUGCACUAGAACAGUAAACUAUGACCAAGAGAAUGGUGGCAGUUUACAGAUGAACCUGGAGAAUUCAGGGGAACACCACUCAGAUGUGCCGGAAAGCCUUGAUGAAGACGGUGAUGCCGGCGCUGGAGGGAGGAAUUUCCAGCGAAUCCUGAAAACUCUUCUCAAGAACCACAAACCAGAUCUGAUUGGCUUGGUGGAGCCUAAAGUUUCGGGUGAUCAUGCUAAUGAUAUUUGCUCCAAACUCGGCUUUGAUGAUUGGGUCCGAGUGGAGGCUAUAGGUUUUAGCGGGGGAAUAUGGGUUCUUUGGAAUAAACCUCUGGAUAUUACUGUAGAGUUUACUCACCCUCAAUUCAUUUUAUUACAGGAGGAAGGUUUGGUGGAUCUAGGUUUCGUGGGACCGCAACUGACGUGGGUGAGAGGAGCGGAUGCUAAUACCCGUAAAGGGGCUAGGCUCGACAGAGCGCUGUGUGAUAUGCCUUGGCGGCAACGCUUCCCUGAAGCCGAGGUAAGGCAUCUGCCACGUAUCGCCUCAGACCACGCACCAAUCCUUAUUCAGACAACGGCGAAAGGCGUCAGGCCCACAGAGUUCAAGUUCAGAUUUCAAGCUGCGUGGAUGACUAAUGACAGUUUCUCGGAGGUGGUAAACCGAGCGUGGCGUUCCAAUGAAGACAUAGUGCAGAACAUUCAGCAAGUACAAGCGGCUCUAACGGAAUGGAACAAGGAUGUGUUUGGUAACAUUGAAGCUAAGAAAAGAUCUCUUUUGGCACGGAUCGGGGGGAUCCAGAAGAUUAACACUAGUGCGCGCCACAAGGGGCUUGUCACGCUAGAAAAGAAUUUCAAGCAAGAGCUAGAGACGACUCUAUACCAAGAAGAGUUGAAAUGGUUCCAACGAUCGCGUGAGGAAUGGAUAGUCUCGGGAGACCGAAACACAAAAUUUUAUCAUGCGGCAACGUUGAUGAGGCGCUCCCGAAAUAAAGUCCUUAGCCUGCAGAAUGAUAAUGGCAUUUGGAUCACUGACACGGAGGAGCUACGAAAUUUGGUGCAGGACUUCUACAUAAACCUCUUCAAAAAGGAUACAGGCACGGACCUUUCGCGGGCUGUGAGGGGCUUCUUCCCGGUUCUGGACGAAGUGGAAUGGGCCAGCUUCCAAAGGGAGGUAACAAAGGAAGAGGUACACGCAGCAGUGACUGACAUGAGCCCAUGGAAGGCACCCGGGCCAGAUGGUUUACACGCAGGUUUUUAUCAAAGGACUUGGGAUACAGUGGGGGACAGCAUUUUUUGGAUGGUAAAAAAUGCAUUUCAAUCGGGAAUUUUGCCCGAUGGUGUGAACGACACCCUCCUGACCCUAAUCCCGAAGGUCGGGUCGCCGGAAACAAUCAAACAGUUUAGGCCUAUCAGUUUGUGCAAUGUGUCGUACAAAAUCAUUACCAAGACGAUAACCAAUAGGCUUAAGGCCGUGUUGCCAAUGCUUGUGGGACCGUGUCAGAGCUCUUUUGUAUCAGGCAGGCAAAUCUCGGACAACGUGCUUAUUUAUCAGGAAGUGAUGCAUUCCAUGAGAAUCAAAAAAGGAAAUACAGGCUUGAUGGCGAUUAAGAUUGAUUUAGAAAAGGCCUAUGACAGGUUAUCUUGGAAUUUUAUUAAUGAUACUCUUUUUGAUGCAGGUUUCAACGAUGCUACCUCACGUCUUAUAAUGACAUGCGUACGAACGACGUCCUUGUCCAUUUCGUGGAAUGGUAGCCGACUACCUGCCUUUAAACCGGAAAGGGGAGUAAGACAGGGAGACGCUAUGUCUCCAGCACUCUUUGUGCUAUGUAUGGAGCGGUUAAGUCAAAGCAUUACAAACGAAGUAACUAAUGGACGAUGGACGGGAAUCCAAUUAUCGCCGUCAGGUCCAGUUUUGUCACACCUCUGCUUCGUGGAUGACAUGGUUCUAUUUUCGGAGGCGUCAGUGGAACAGAAUACUAAGCCAGACAUUGCAAGAGAUAUCGAGAGUAUUCUGAAUAUUCCAGCUACAACGGAUUUGGGUAGAUAUCUAGGGAUGACAUCCUUGCAUGGCAAAGUCACGCAAGCGACGUUCUCCGGCCUAAUUGACCGUGUAACAGCGAGGCUUGAAGGGUGGCGUGGCAAGCUUCUAUCCUUUGCGGGGCGGGUCACACUGGCCAAGUCGGUCUUGGGCGCAAUUCCUACGUAUUCCAUGCAAACCGCACAACUGCCAAAAGGUGUGUGCAACAAAUUGGAGAUGAUUACCAGGCGCUUCAUUUGGGGUGGUCACGGGGACGAACGGAAGGUAAGUCUCGUAAAAUGGGAUACCGUGACGAAGCCCAAGGAAGUUGGCGGUCUAGGUCUGCGAAGUUUAAACAGUGUGAACUCUGCGUUCAUGGCGAAGCUUGGAUGGCGGAUUCUCACGGAACGAGACAGCUUGUGGGCGCAGGUCUUCCGAACUAAGUAUGGAUUAGGAGAUGGCCGAUGGAGAGCGGACGUCCCCAGGAUUGCUUCAAACGCCUGGAGAGGAAUUUGCAGUGCAUCCGGGAUUCUGGACAGGGGGUUAACGAAAGUGGUUCGCAAUGGCUGGGGGACAAGGUUCUGGAUGGACAGAUGGGUUCAAGGCAAUCGGCUCUACGAUUUUAUGCUGCGUCCAAUUAGCUUACCGGAGCUAUAUGGCCAAGUAGCUGAGUACUGGGAGAGUGGAAGAGGGUGGCGAUGGGAAAGACUGGAGGGUGUUUUGGACGACAGCUGGAAGCUUAAACUACAUGCGUAUGUUGUUCUUGAUGACAACGAAGCGAGAGAUGAUUGGGGAUGGAGCAUGGAACUGGAUGGUCGUUUCUCCAUAAAGUCUGCUUAUGCAGUCACGCGGAAUUUGAGGGAUGAUAACGUAGAUGACGAUUGGCAGAGAAUCUGGAAGCUAAGACUCCCGAACAGAGUCAAUCACUUUAUGUGGUUGGUUAAACAAGGGAGGCUCAUGACGAAUGUAGAACGAUCGAAAAGGGGCUUCACAACUGAUUUGUUUUGUUCUUCUUGUGCAGGCAUUCCAGAAAACUUGGACCAUAUCUUCAGAGCAUGCGAGGCAGCGCGCAUAUGGGAGAGGCUCAUACCGCGCCGGACGACACAGCUGCUACAGGGGACUGAUUGGAGUACGUGGCUGUCGAUGAACGUUAGGGCGGAUAAGCGGCUAGGAUUUCCGGAGGAUUGGCCGGAAAUUUUCGGGCUUACUAUGUGGUGGUGUUGGAGGUGGAGGAAUGCCAGAGUGUUUGAGGAUAGCCAUACGAGUACUGAGCAGAAGAUAGCGUGGAUAAGAGACCAACACAACCAGACGAAAGUGGCAUUUAACACUCAUCGAGCGAUGCAUGUGGGCAUUCAACAGGGUGAGUGCGUAGCCACUUGGAAGAAACCGCAACAUGGAUGGUGGAAAUUAAACGUUGAUGGCUGUUGCAAGGGGGUCAGUAGAAGAGCAGGCUGUGGGGGAGUGCUACUAGAUUAUCAAGGGCGAUGGAUCAGCGGGGUUACGCACAACAUAGGGACUUGUACAGCGGAGGAAGCGGAGGUUUGGGCAGUCUUAGUGGGAUUGCGGAUGGCCGCCGAUCGCCAAGCCCAAAAUGUCUUGGUGGAAAGCGACUCUCUUGCAACGAUUAAGGGCAUCAUCGGGUGCAUGGCUACGGGUGCUGGGAGUAAUGUUAUGCGACUAUGUGUGAGGGAAGCGCAGGUGUUCCAGGAUAUAAAAUUUAUCCAUGUGAUGAGAAGUGGAAACAAAGUGGCAGACAAGCUUGCAUCAAUGGCGCUGGAGCAUGGACUUGGGACGAGGCUCGUUGUUGAUCCACCGCAAUAUCUAGACGACUUGAUUUGGGAGGAUAGGGUAGGGGCCAGAGCCCUGAUGUGA